CGGCUCCCUGAAGGUCCGCGUGUUUUUUUUUUCUUUUGAGUCCGGGUGCCGAGAGAUCUGGUUUAGGAAAGCUGGCAAGGUCCAAGGGGGUUUCCUUGCGACCGGAGUGUUUCGGCGGACCCUCGGGACCCAGCAGAGAAUCUUGCACAACGCUUCCUUUCCUUCCUUCCACAUGCAUUCUUUGAGCACUUAAAAAAGCUUCCAGGCAAAUUGUCCAAUUUAACAGGAAAGCAGAUGGUUACAAGCUGGGCAUAGUGGCACACACCUGUAAUUCCAGCACUUGGGAGGCUAAGGCAGAUGGAUGACCGAAAGUGGAGUCACUGGAAUUAUUUCUAAUAUCACUACCAAAUUACUAAGUCUUAGAAAACAGAGGAAUUAUAUGUAACAAUGUCUGGUUAUAAGCCUGUAGCUAUUCAAACCUAUCCUAUACUUGGUGAGAAGAUCACACAAGAUACUGUGUACUGGAACAACUAUAAGACCCCUGUUCAGAUUAAGGAAUUUGGUGCAGUAUCAAAAGUAGACUUUUCUCCUCAGCCUCCAUAUAACUAUGCAGUAACAGCUUCUUCAAGAAUUCACAUUUAUGGUCGAUACUCCCAAGAACCUAUAAAAACCUUUUCACGUUUUAAAGACACAGCAUACAGUGCCACUUUCCGACAGGAUGGUCAGUUGCUUGUGGCUGGAAGUGAAGAUGGUGUUGUUCAGCUUUUUGAUAUAAGUGGGAGGGCCCCACUCAGACAAUUUGAAGGCCAUACAAAAGCAGUUCAUACAGUGGAUUUUACAGCUGACAAAUACCAUGUGGUUUCUGGAGCUGAUGACUAUACAGUUAAAUUAUGGGAUAUUCCAAACUCCAAAGAAAUUCUGACAUUGAAAGAACAUUCUGAUUAUGUGAGGUGUGGAUGUGCUAGCAAACUGAACCCAGAUAUCUUUGUAACAGGGUCCUAUGAUCAUACUGUGAAGAUGUAUGAUUCACGAACAAAUGAAAGUGUUCUCUCUAUGGAGCAUGGACAGCCAGUGGAGAGUGUCUUGCUUUUCCCUUCUGGAGGUCUUCUGGUGUCUUCAGGAGGUCGUUUUGUUAAAGUCUGGGACUUGUUAAAAGGAGGACAGUUGCUCGUGUCUUUGAAAAAUCAUCAUAAAACUGUGACGUGUCUGUGUCUGAGCAGCUCGGGUCAGAGGUUACUCUCUGGUUCACUAGAUAGGAAGGUCAAAGUAUACAGUACAACUUCCUACAAAGUAGUCCACAGUUUUGAUUAUACCGCUUCAAUUUUAAGUCUUGCACUUGCACAUGAAGAUGAGACAAUCGUCGUAGGAAUGACCAAUGGAAUACUCAGUGUUAAACAUCGAAAGUCUGAAACAAAGAAAGAUUCUUUUCCUAGGAGGAGAAGGCCUGCAUACCGAACCUUUAUUAAAGGAAAGAAUUACAUGAAGCAACGGGAUGACAUUUUGAUCACAAGGCCAACAAAGAAACACCUAGAAUUGUAUGACAGAGACCUAAAAAAUUUUCGGGUCUCUCAGGCUCUUGACAGAGUCCUUGAGCCUAAUUGUGUAAUAAAAACACCUGAAGUCACAGUAUCCAUUAUAAAGGAGCUAAAUCGAAGAGGAGUUCUUGCAAAUGCCCUGGCAGGGCGAGAUGAAAAGGAAAUCACUCGUGUCCUUAAUUUUUUGAUAAGAAAUCUGUCUCAACCAAGAUUUGCCCCUGUUUUGAUUAAUGCUGCUGAAAUAAUUAUUGAUAUAUAUCUACCUGUGAUUGGACAGUCACCAGUAGUUGAUAAAAAGUUUUUAAUACUUCAAGGACUUGUAGAAAAAGAGAUUGAUUACCAAAGAGAGCUCCUAGAAACCUUGGGAAUGAUGGACAUGCUUUUUGCCACCAUGACAAGGAAUGAAAGCACUUCCAUGUUGGGACAUUCGUCUGUUGAAGUUCUAGAGAGCAAGGAGAUGGAAUCAUAGCUUUUGCUUAAAGAACUCCUAACUUGGAAUAGCUUUGACCCCAUUAACUAUUGGAAAGAAAAUCUGUUUGAUACAUUAAGAGAGACUAUUUACAGAA